AUGGAACAUGCUGAUAUGCUCGAGCGACCUGAGUCGAAGCCGUCUGAGGCUGUUGGGACGGCGAAUGUGGAGAUGAAUGAGGAAGAUGCAACUUCAGACAUCUUCUGGCUAGCAGCUCGCGAGGCGAGGGAGGCUCAGUGUACCUCUACGCGUGCCGCCUGGGCCAAUGAAGUGAAGGCGAUGGCUAUACAACUAUCCGCCGCGAGGUCACGAUUAAACGCCUUUUCUCCAGUCUCCGCGCUCCCCGAUGAGGUCCUUGCUCGCAUUUUUGAGCUGUUGGCCUCUGUCUUCCCUAUCAGAGCUCGACACAGGAGAUGGGGCUGGGUCGGGGUUACGCAUGUCAGCCGACGCUUUCGAGCGGCGGCUGUGGGCCAUGCUUUGCUCUGGGCUACACUCUCCGUCGACGGUCAGACACCUUGGGACCUAUUCCUUUCCCGAGCUCGAGAAGCGCCACUUCAUAUUCACGGCACUAUUGCGACGCCAGGUCAAUCUCAUUACUACGCUAGUCGCACACUUCAAGUUAUCAAGCGCGUACGCACUAUCCGUGUCGAGGAUAUCCCACCUAUCACUGGUCGCGACUGGCAAAAUAUACUGCGAACCGAGGCUCCAGAGCUGCAGAGCCUCGACCUCACGAUACCCUCAACGGACGAGUCCGAGCAUGAUACGCACGACCCCUCCAACGACGAGCUUGGAUCCAUGAUAAUGGACAAGUCGUUCCUUACUCAUGACGCGCCCAAGCUACGGAAGCUCGGUCUUAGUGGCGUAGAGAUUCAGUGGAGUCUUGAUACCCCGAUCGCUCUUACGUCUCUCGCGCUUGAUGGCUUCGGUACUGCUACGCAGUUCUUCCUUCAAGAUGUCUUGCGAAACCUGGAGUCCCUUCCUUCUCUAGAGCAUCUAGCUUUGAGCAACAUUCUACGAGGCGGGCCAACGUCACAUGUGAUCAAAACACGCGUUGGCGUGACCCAUCUACGCUCCUUGCUACUCGCUGAACUUGACGGUCGCUGCUUGAACUUGUGGUCAUCCUUGGAUCUUCCUCCAACCUGCUCUGUCCGCAUCGAGAUGGAAGGGCUCGAGGUACCCGGAGCGGCGGUCUGGAAGGAUAUGAUGAUCAAUAGGGCCAAUUCCCAGCAUACUACUUACCGCAGAGUCCGGUUUGAAUACCCCGAUUUUGUCAGCGACUUUGAACCUCGUGAUGGAUUACAGGUCACUCUUUACACCACAGGCGAUGUCGAAGAUGCAGAGCCCGGUUCGCUCUCGCUCGAUGGAACAUCACACGUCGACGCGCGCCCAAGACUCACGUUUCUGUUCAAUCUCGAAAUUUUCGAAGGAGAGUUGGAACUAUUCUACGAUCUUUUCGAGCUUUCUUCGACCAACUGGGAAGGCGUAACCUUCAGUAAUGUGCACGCAUUGGAUCCUGAACAGAUGUUACUCAAUAUGCGCUGCGUGAGCAGCCUACUCGGUCACUUCGGCACUUUCGAGGUUAUGGAAGUGCAUGGGCGGUCAAGCAAUCUAUCUGCGUUCGAUUAUUCCCAACUCGAGCAAGCGUUCUUCACGUGCUUGCUUGACGAGCUCUUGCCCAGAAGCGCACCUUCGCCAGCGACUGGUCCUUGCGUUGUCCGGUUCUUCCCCAAGAUUCAUACCUUGUCGUUGAGCCGCGCACAUAUGGAAGAAGUGUUCUUCUACAAUCAACGAGAGCGAUUGUACGACGCCGUCAGCGAGGCGCUUCGAUGCCGUUACUUCGCGGAUGCGCCCAUUCACACUAUCAAGCUGUACAAGACGAAAACCCGGGACGCCUGGAUCGAGAUGUGGGAGAAUUAUGUCGAUGAAGUUCAGCACAAUACGUGCGACGACUCGGUGGCAUCAUGCAGCGAUGAUGAUGACGAUAGUGACAGCGACGGGACGUCUAGUUUCGAAGGAUCGGGCGAGACCAGUGAGGACUCAGAAGCCGAAUGGGUUGACGACGAGAACGACUUGGAGGACGAAGAGACGGUUUGA